UAGCCCCCUGUCCGCGUAAAUGAAAGGUCCUAACUACAAUUCAAAACAUUUCUCGCUAUAUACUGCGUAUUGUUGGCCUGGGUAUUACGACUACAUUUAAUAAUUCCGCGAACUUCCAGUACUCUGUCUAAUGUCUUGUUUUAUGUUUUCGGGUGUGAUUUUUUCAUUUGUUUGCAUUUACCAUUGAAGCUUUUCAAGUAUAUGACUUCAUGUUACAUAUAACAUUACUUGUUCAUUACAGGUGAACAUAGAGAUGCCCACUAGGCAGGAUUCAGAUAACCUGCCUGUGUAUUCGCCUAUAAAAUUUAAUGCUAAUAGGUUUUCUACUGCGCAAAAGGUUCUCAUGGCCAUUGCGGUUGCAUCUGUUAUCGGCGUGUCAUUGUUUCUUGGUAUCUACAUUGGCAACAUGAUACAAGCCAAGCCUGUUACGAAACAAGCUAGACAAUUGCCACUGACUGCAACCACAAUAAAGACAUCCACGGUGACAAGCAAACCUAUUAAAACCUCGCUCACGCGACCGGACGUUACUUCACCCACUCAGACUGACGAGACGUCAGCAACGACUGCAUCAAGUUCCUGGCGAGAUCAACCAUGUAUUGCGGAGAAACAAUGUCCUGAAGGUUUUUCUGAGUCACCAGUGAUUCUGGUUUCACUGGAUGGAUUUCGUGCCGAAUAUCUGCUGAGGAAUUUCACUCCUACUUUACAGAGAUUGCGGGAGUGUGGGGCCCAUGCCACCCACAUGCGUGCCUCCUACCCUUCAAAGACCUUCCCCAAUCACUAUUCCAUUGUCACCGGUCUAUAUCCCGAGUCACAUGGAAUCAUAGAUAACAACAUGUAUGAUCCGGAGUUCGGGGCUUCGUUUAGCCUGGGUUCUCCAGAAUCGUAUAAGAACCGAUGGUGGCAAGGAGAGCCGGUUUGGAAUACAAUCGAAAAACAAAACAAGAAGGCUGCUACGUUCUUUUGGCCAGGUUCCGAUGUUGAUAUACAGAAUAUGAGACCGACCUACUAUGAAAUGUACAACGGCAGCAUACCGUAUGCUGUCCGCGUGAAUCAAGUUCUGGCGUGGCUUGAUAUGGACUCGGCAGAUCGCCCCCAAUUUAUCACAUUGUAUCUAGAAGAGCCGGACAAAGCAGGCCAUUCAUAUGGGCCAGUCGCAGACGAGGUGAAAGCUUACAUUUCGCGCCUUUUCGCCAUCCACAUGUUUAUUUUAAGUUUACGUGGUUUAGUAUUGUCUACGUCCCUCCAUUGCAUACGUACUACCUCCGACCACAUUCUCUCUUCUAACCUUUCUCCAGUUUUUCCUUUCUCUUCAUUCUGUCACGCAUUAAAUUGCAUUUUUUCUACACACGUUAAUGAGCGGCUAGCCUAUGCAGAUAGUUAUAUUGAGUUGCUGAUGGAUGGAUUGUUCGAAAGAGGACUACAUUCUUGUGUCAAUGUCAUUGUCUUGGCGGAUCAUGGCAUGGCGCCGCAUUCCUGUCAACGAGUUGAGUUCCUCCAGGAUUACAUCAACCUCAACAACCUGUACAUCUAUCAGGGACCAAAUGCCAGAAUUGAUCUGAUGGAGAAAAGCCUUUACACACCAGAGGAGAUUCUGCACGACACCGUUUGCCGGAGUGAACACUAUGACGCAUACCUAAAGAAGGAUGCACCGAAGCGAUAUCACCACGCGAAUAACCGUCGUAUUAGUCCCAUAGUGAUAGAUGUCGAGGAGGAGUGGCUAGUAGGCCGUCGGCGAAUUCGGCCUCUCAAGAAAAAGAUUCCUGACAGAACACUCGAUGGAAUUGCAAAAAGUCAAACCAAUAAGACACCAGAAACAAUGACAUUCUGUACAGGAGGCACGCACGGCUGGGAUAACCGCGCAGCAAGCAUGCACAACUUUCAAAUGCCCGCUAUUUGCAACGUACACAUUGACAAGGCUUUUACAAGUGUGACUGACGAGAGGCCGUGUGUGCGCGGUGAUGUGAGGAUACCACCAGGACUCCAACCUACAUGUGAUGCAUACAGCAAUGCACGCAGAACAAAUGUUAACCCCUACGGAAUGUUUAAUCCAGGUGAAAACGCCCCAAUUUCGGCUGUCAAUGAUUCCGCUAUCAUGACAAACAUGGUUCCGAUGUAUGAAGGGUUCAUUCAAGGCGUGUGGCACGAUGUCCAUGACUAUCUCUCGCAGUGGGCACAGACACUUGGACCAAUCAACGUUGUCACUGGCCCUGUGUUUGAUUACAACAUUGAUGGCAACUAUGAUGACCUGUCCAUGGUUGAGUUUCUUUACAAUGACAGCAGCAUACCCCUACCGACCCAUUACUUUUUGGUUCUAACCCGAUGCCUAGAGCUCGGAUCUAGCCUGGCUGAUUGUCCAGCGACGAGUAUUGAUGCGCUGUCAUUUAUAAUACCACACAAAGAGAAAAUGGAAAAUUGCAAGUUGACCGACGAAUACGUUUUUACUCAUUCCUCCUCGCUGCGUGAUGUAGAGCGUCUUACGGGGCUCAGUCUCCAUCCAGAACUUGACUUUUAUGAAACGAUGGGAUAUCGGCUUAUAUCUCGACAAACUCUAUGGGAGCUAAAUCUUCCGUCACCACCUCCACCAACUACUCCACCGCCUGGCAAAUGGAUCGAUCAGGAAUGCGUAACACAGAAAGUUUGCCCUGCUGGGUUCGAGACUUCGCCCGUGAUCAUUGUGUCAUUGGACGGAUUCCGUGCCGAAUACCUGCUGAGAAAUUUCACGCCCACCUUCCAGCGCAUGCGUGAAUGUGGGGCCCAUGCCACUCACAUGCAGUCAGUCUACCCUACGAAGACUUUCCCAAACCACUACUCACUGGCCACGGGCCUUUAUCCAGAGUCGCAUGGCAUCAUUGACAACAGUAUGUACGACGCUGCCUUUGACGCUUCCUUUAGCCUCGGCUCACCGGAGAAAAACAACAAUAGGUGGUGGAACGGUGAACCGAUUUGGAACACCGUAAUGAAAAAUGGAAAAACGGCAGCAACUUAUUUCUGGCCCGGUUCUGAUGUGGAUAUACAAGAUAUGCGACCCGACUAUUUCUACUAUUAUGACAACCGAGUGCCAGACCACACUAGGGUUAACCAGAUGCUACACUGGCUAGAGUAUCCAGCCAAUGAACGUCCAGAUUUCAUCACUGCCUACUUUGAGUCAGUCGACGGCAUUGGACACAAUGUCGAUCUGGAUACCGAUGAGCUGAAUGACGAACUGGCUUACAUGGACAGUGUUAUCGGGGAUCUGAUGGAUGUCUUUACCAGAGGGGGCUCCACCAGUGUGUUGACAUUAUGAUCACUGCGAUCAUGGUAUGGGUGCUAUCUCGUGUGACAGGAGAGUGAUGAUGGAAGACUACGUUUACGACGUGGAUCUCGUUAAGGUCUACCAGGGAGCCAACAGUCGCAUCGCAAUAAACAAGUCCAACUAUACGGCGGACACACUGCUGGACGCAGUGCGCUGUAAGAACGACCACUAUAACGCCUUCAGGAAGGAAGAGAUGCCCAAGCGGUUCCAUUACAGCAACAACGACAGGAUUGACGAGGUUGUGCUGGACGUGGAGGAAGAUUGGCUCAUCGCCAGAGAACCAUCCACAUUAACAGGAUCUACCUGCUCAGGCGGCACCCAUGGAUGGGAUGAUCGCGACACGAGUAUGCAUGCAAUAUUCAUAGGACACGGUCCACAUUUUAAACAAAACUAUACCAGUCCUGCUUUUCCAAAUAUUGAGUUAUACAACUUGAUCGUGG